GCACGAAAUUCAAAUAGCAUGGCUACAAAUGAUGACAGCCUGCUGGAUAGUCCUAGAUUUUCUGGUUUUCAAAGAUCAAUUCCAUGGAGAGCGUCAAAAGCACAUAUUGGUCCAUUUAGGGCAACACAGAUAUGGAAUGAGAUCAUCGAUCACCUCAAGUCCCGUGUUGAGCUGAAACGUCGUCGUAUGAAGAUGAAGACCUACGAGAACUGCUUCACAGGCCAGGAUGCUGUUGACGUUGUACUCACCUACCUCCUUAGUGAGAGGAACACCUUCAGUUCUGACCUCUCAAGAGAAAAAGCUAUUAAGCUUUGCCAGUCUUUGAUGGAUCGUCAGGUGUUUUCACCAGUCAGUUCCCGUAAUAGUGAGGUGAAAAAGUCAUUCGACGACAGUCAGCAUAAGUUAUACAGAUUUGUUGGUUCCGACACAGAAAGUGAGACCAGUUCUACCAUUGCUGAAUCCUCAGAUGAAGACCAAGAGUGUUCCAUCAUGGAGGAUGCAAGACGUAAAGACUUGAGUUUAAGAAUCAACCCAGACAUGGAACCAGACUUGAUAGCUGAUGUCUUGUGUAACCCCAUUGCUGUCAACAAACAGGGCCAGGUUCUUCAAGAAAUAGUUAACCUCCAGAUGUCUCUCAAGUCUCGCAGUCGUAGCUCACUCAAGGCAGACAACUCACUCAUAGAACGAAGCAGGCUGAAAGUAAAGACAGACUUCUCUCCUGAUGCUUUAGAAGACCUUUGGAAGGAGGUUGCUCUCUGUCAGUUGCUCACCAUUGUAGAUCUUCCAUUCCUUGAUGGUCUCCUCAACGAAGAAAAGUCUACCAAGAAACAGGUCCGCCAGAACCUCAUCAUUUCCAACGUAGUCUCCAAGCACUGGAACAUCCCACUCACAGGUGUCAAGGACCCAUUCAUGAAGACCGCCCUCAACUGUAUAGAGUGUCUACCCAAUGGUAUCUCUGUGUUAGAGAAAGACUUUGUACGUGAAGCAACACCAGGCUCCAAGAUUCAGUCCUGCUACGUUCUCAGCGAGCAUUACACCAAUGUCGACGAACCACUUCUACCCGAGAGCUUCAUUGAUCUUCACCUUGCCAUUCUUAACCUGGUACUACAACAGAAAGAACAGAUUGCUAUCGAAGCCCUUCGUCUCGACAUGAUCCUGUUACCAUGGCACACACGUGAGGAGCUUCAUCGUCUGCUCAAGUUCAUGUCUGCCGCUUCUGAAGAGUCCAUUCAGAUUGAUGCUAAGGAAAACAACGAGACCCUUAUGUUGAUGACCUUCACUGAUGCCAUCCUUAAACACAAGGUUGUUGCCAACAAGUUAGCCAGGAUCCUCAUCCUCUUUAUGGUACAGAAUGUCAAGGCCAUCUUCACCGUACCCAAGGAGAUCCGUGAUCGUGUCAACUCUAGAAUUGAUGACCUAAAGACAGGGGAAAUCUCACCAGUCAGAGAUAAUACCUACUGUACCCAGGUGACUGUUGUCGAGUACCAGAAACAGUCUGAGGUCUGUACAGAGAAUGCUCUCGUCCAAAUGAUGAACACCAUCCUUGAUGACACCAAUCUUCAUCUGAAAGACAAGAAGCAGCAUCUACGACAGUUCCAGAAACACCAUCCAGACCUGUACAACAAACACUUCAGUGGCAUGUUGUGAACAUUAACAUUCUCUAGUGUAAUUCUGAACAUGUGUUUUAAACACUCCUUUUAUACAGAAACAGUGCAAUAAUUGUAUAAUACUGUCUCUAAGACAUUAAUUUAUUUGCCAAUUGUAUAUAAUACUCAUAAUUUGUAUAGAAUUUUUAUUUGUAAAUAUUGUUAAUUGAGACUGAUUUAUUAGAUGAUAUUGUUGUUCUCUGACAAAUGUUUCUCUUAUAUAGUGCCAAAAAUUUAAUUGAAUCAUAAUCAGUUUAGUUGCUAAGCAACAGUUUUGUGAAUAAAACUUUGUAAAUAUUUGAAACAAUGAUAUUACAUGUUUAAUGGUA